AUGGUGAAGGCCUCUCCAACACUGAAGCUCUCUUCUUCUGUGUCUCAGGAUCCUCCACAAACUUCAGUCUGGACCUGGUCCCAGAUGAUCCUCCACAAACUUCAGUCUGGACCUGGUCCCAGAUGUGAGUCCCUCAGGAGUGACUGGUCUAAGGAGUUACCACGGAACUUCAGGAGUGACCAGUCUAUGGGAGAACCAUGGGACUUAAAGACAGAGUGA